UCGCCGCCAGCCAGUUGAUAACCGACCUUUGCCGCGAACACGCAGGCUUACUCUAUGCUCACUUGGAACGCAUCAUAGAUUUCGUGACGCAUUCUAUUUACGAAUUCUUUAAAUACCUACCGGAUUUUUUUACUCUACGGAGUACUUAAGCAUUUGGAAUUUGAAUCUUUAAUGAUCAGGAACGAAUACGAAAGUGAAGGAAUUAUGAAGGACUCUGAACUUUUUUGGUGACUGUUUAUUUUUUAAAGUGUUAGUUUUUUUUUCUAUAAAUUUUAUCUAAAGCUCAGGAAUAAAUUUAGGAAGUGGAUUGAAAAAUUAAAGAUUAGUCUGAACGGGUCGACUCUCCCUCGUUGCUUCCAUAACAGGUGGACACCGGUUUACGAAGACAAUAUUCAAGUUAAUGGAAAAAGGUGAGGUGACAUUCAUUGGAAUAUGAUCGAGUUUCAUUCACAUAUCAUUAAAAAAUUAACAAUGACGGUGAAAAAAACAAAUCGUUCCGGUGGCCUCGCCGCAAUAGUGGCGAGACAGAAGCUCCACAAUGCUAACCAGCAGCUUGACAUCAUGGCCAUCACAAAACCUCUGCCGCAGCAGAACUACAACAUUAUUGUAGGCUUCAAUGAGAAAGAUCAACUACAACUGCUUAAUAAAGAGGAAACUAAUGAAGAUGAUAAACAAAAAUUAAUCAAAGACUACACUGAACUCAAAGCCAGCAAAUAUGAGAAUAUCUCCAUAGACGACAUAACGAAUUGUGCAAAUAUCGAGAGCUAUCCAAAUUGUGAGAAAACUCUAGUCUUUUACAUAACCAAAAAUCUUAAUAAAGAGGCGAUAGCUCUAAAAUUCGAAAACGAACAAGAUUUCAAAAGGAUAUACUUCACAUAUAAGUAUUUUAAAAUGCGAAAUCGCUUGACGAAAAACACAAAUAACUAUUCUACUGGCGAUAGUUUGUUUUCUAAGAAGAAAACGUACGAUUUGUUUAAAAAUAGAAAAAAUAGUGUUGAUGAUUACAGUCUAUACGAUAAAGGGCGGGCAAAUUUUGAUUUGAUGCAAACAACUGAUAAUGAUGGAGUAACUCAUAUAUCUGUACAACAUAAAGGACUAAAUUCUCGUUUCGAUCAACCCAUGAGUCUGAUUGGAAUAAGAAGUGACAUAGCUGAUGCUGGUGAAAUAGACAGUAUAAUAUACACUGACACAGAAAUUCCUACGAAACCCGAGAGGAAAAGACUGUUUCAUAAAAAGACAAAGGCGCCACCUCCUCCUUUGAUUAUGAAAGAAACUCAGCCCAAAGUACUUAAGGGUGAAUUUGUAAGAGUAAAUGUUGAUAGAUCACCAGAUGUGAUCCCAAGGGACAAUAGACUGAAUAAAAUACCAGAUAUUCUUAUGUUUAGAGAGAAUAAACCAAAAUGGAGUAGUCCAACCAGCAAUUUGUGGUCAGCGAGCAAUAAAGUGAUGGCUGGCUACGAGUCCGACCGCGAGGAGUGGAAGAGCAGUCGCUCUCAAUUUUCUACAACAGCCUUCGACAGCCUCGUGAGACCAACCAAAAUGGCUGUAGCGUUUACACUCAGGAAACCCCAAAAAUUGGAGCCAGUGCCACAGUAUUACCGAUUAUCCAGUGAACCGAAGCUUACGCCCAUAAGUUUUAGGCCAAACAACUUUAUCCAAAGACCACCGAGACUACCGCGGCCAGUUCCAGAGGUCAAGAGAAACCUGCUUAAUUCUGAUCACAGGAAAUUUACUUCUCUCCAAAACUUAGAAAUCCCUAAGAAGUUGAGUGAACCCAAGAAACAGAAUGAGGUCAAGAAGACGAAUUAUUCUAAUAUUUCCAACAGAAUUACGGGGUUGACGAAUAAACUGAGGGAUCUUGGAAAUCCGAGUAACACAAUCGGUAGAUUUAAGGCGCAAUCGCAUGGAGAUGUGGCGAACUUGAAGCCCGUAUUAAAGACUAAUGGGCAAGAUGGAGCAAAGCGAUCAGUUGUAAGGACUUGCAGUGCGGAACCACCAAAGAAAGUAACGUUUAGCGCCUUUGCUACAGUCCAAGUUGUUUAAGAACAGGUGAUAUCUAUACAAAUCAAGAUAUUUUCCAUUAAGGGUUUUCAUUCGAAGUGUUACGAAGUUGGAAUAUUCUAUUAAUUUUUAAAAACAAUUACACAAUUUUUAAUAUAUUGUUAAAAAUUGUUCAUUACUAUAACAUUGCUGCCAUCAAAUUAAAAUGAAAAUUUACAUUUUAAUUGCAAAACAGUAUUUGAAAACUGCAAAAGCAAAAUAUUAAAUAAUAAUAUUAAAAUAAUUUUUUUUUAGUAGAUUUACGUAUUACGUAACCUUAGUUUCAGAUCUUUUUCUCAAAUUAGAUUUAUUAAAAAUUACUAAAUUGUUUUUGAACAUUUGUCAAAUCAUUCCAAUACUAUGAUAAUCUUAAUUUGUCUAUGAUAAAAAGUAUGACAAUUUUAAUGAAAUUUAAAAUGUCUUCUCACUUCCCAAUUAAACAAUGUGUGAAUUCUAUUCUAUAUUACUAAUUACUUAUUUAAUUAUUAAUUGUUUUUUCCUAAUAUAAGUUUAUUAUUUCGAUGCGGACAGGCCGGGAUUUUUGUGUAAAUAAUUCAGUAUAAUUAUUUAAAUACGUUUCAAUUACGUACCUAGUGUAAAUUGUGUUUUAUUAUUAUUUCAUUUAAUAAUCAUGUUUGUAUUAAUAUUAUCAACUAUAAUUUUAUUUUACAGUCGCAUUUUUAAUAAUUUGAUUACUUGUAGUAAUAUUGUUUUUAAUGCUUAAUGUCGUUUAUAUAUUUAUGUAUAAUUAUCAUAUCAGAUAGUUUUAAAUAACUUAUUACGCACCUAUAAUAUUUAAUUUCGAAUAUUUAUUAGCGACGAGCCAAUUGCCAGAGUAAUUUGAAUUUCGAAUCAAUUUUCCGGUGGUGGUAAACACUGUUAAAAAUCUUAAUUAAUCAUUUAAUCCUAAAAAUGGCAAUAGAUCAAGUCUAAAUUCUAAUUUCCAACAACAAACAAUUCGAUAUAAAAUAUUUAUUACAUUACUUAAAUAGGUAUAUAUUUCGAUCCAAUUUAGGAUUUUUUUCUGAUAUGGCAAUACAGAUUAAGUAUACUCUGUUUCAAUAGAAUUUAAUAAAAAACUAAACAAGUUUUAUUGAAAUUACAUUACAUCUACAUGUAAUUAGUAAAAAUCGAAACGUCCUAUCAAUAACAUUAAUGAAUAAGCAGGUCUACUCUUCAAUCUAAUAUCGAUAUCAAUCCAAUCUAUUGUCAAUGAUAAUUUUGUGUUGCACUCAUGAAAUAACAAUUAGAAAUUAAUUCAGAAUUGGGAUCGGUUUGCAAUAGUUUGUAUUGGCAAGUUCUACUAAUAUACAUCUAUUAGAAUAGUAUGAAAUUAUGUCGCUAGUGUUGCAAUUCGAGAGUGCGAAACGUCUCAAUUCCAAUAUCGAUCUAUUGGAAUUUAUUUCAAGAGUAACCUCACAGGUCAAUUAUUCAUUUUAUUACAAUUAUUUUUAUUAAAUACUAUAGAAACAGAGUGUACCUCUUUGAUUUCUCGUGUAGGAUUAUAAUUGAAACUUAUCAACAUUAUCAAUUCUUCUUCAGGUGUUAGCAUCUAAUUUAUCCAAAAUAACAAUAUGUAAAAAGCAGUUAUAUUGUGAUUUAUAGAUUUAACAUCGGUUGGCAACGUUGUAAAUAUAUAUGUUUAAAUGUAGGUAAUAAUUAUAUAUAUAAACGUUAUUAAUAAUUGCCUAUAAAUAUUUUAAUACUUUGCAUUAUAUUGAUACUGAUCUGACAGACGCGCUUUUAAAAUUGGAACCAAGUACACUGACUUGUGAUUUAUUUUCCAAUGAAUUGAACAAUGUAUUUAAUGAAAUGCCACCAAUCUUAUAAGAAGAUUGCUGUCGGACAGUUUCAAAUGGAAAGAGAUACGUAACGAAAAUAUUUAUUAUACACAGAGUACCUAGUGUGAGUUUAACAGAGAUUUAAAUCACUAAUGCUUUAGCGUUUACAUAACUGCCCCUCUAGCGGACGGUUAAGGAAGUUCCGUUUGUCUUAAAAGCAUCUACACACACCUGAAAGUAACAAACCUGGUAGUAAAGUAAAUCUGUGGACAACUCACACUAGUAACUCAAAGUACUUAGUGUGAGUUAUAUAGAAACAUUACGAUACUAAAUAUACAUUGAAUAGAAUCCGAGUUUCUAAAAUAAUAAUGUGAUUGAAGUACAGCUAGGUAUUCAAUACAAAAUCGACGUGAACGCAAAUAAGACAAUAAAGUAAAACUUUAAACAACUCACACUAGAGAAUCUAAUAAUGAAAAAUAUUCAGAUAUUAUUUUAAGAUACUUUUAUAUUUUGUGUGACUUAUAUUUUGUAUAAAUUAAUGUCGUGUUUGUAAAUUUAGAUAUAGUUAACAAAAUUUGUUGAGUCGAUUAAUGAAUGAAUUUAUCUAUACGAUUUCUAGUCGACAUUUCACUUCGUUGUGCGUACUUGUUUAGUAAAUUAGAAAAAAAAACAAAUAGGCCUAUUUUAUAAAUUUAAAAUUAUUUCGUUACUAAUAAUUACUAUACUAGUGUUUAAUUGUAUCUAAUAAUUCCUAAUUUUAUUUGGACUGUUUUGUAACAAAAUUGUGUAAUUGGAAUAUUGUACGGCCUGGAGCCGUUAUAUUUUUAGAUAAAUUUCAAAAAAAGAAUGAUAAAGUUCUAAAUUUAAUUUGUAAAUGAUGUAGAUAAAAUGUAACUCGAAAGCAGUCAUAUAAUUUGUCAUAGAAAUAGUGAAUAAAUUAGAUAAACAGUCGAUAUUAUAAAUAGAAAUAAAAAUUUUGUUCUAUGAUUAUUUCGUUGUUAAUUGUAUCUUGUUUCUAAGAUUUGUUUGAAAAAUAAUAAACUGUUAGUUCUAA